UGAAAAGGUGUCCCAUCUUUCCCCACCCUACUAUAACAGGAAACAUAAAGGCUAUAUUCGAUGAUGGUUAUGUCAAAAUUGGUACGCAGUCAAUAAAAAAAAGCCUAGAAGCAGAUUCUACAGGUUACACCGCUUCCGACUGUCCAUGCCUAUAUAGAUUUUAACCUUUUUGUUUUGACACUAUGUGUAGCUAACAGAAAACAUGAAGGUUAUAUUCGCUGGAUAUGUCAAAACUGGUACGCAGUCUAUAAAAGAGGCGCUACAGAUUCUAGGUUACUCAACUUGCGAUUAUUUCGACAACUUUUGGUACUUAGAGAAGGAAUGGACAAAGAUAUUAACAGAGGGCGGCUCUGUAGACGACUUUCGAAAAAUGUAUGAAGGUGUUGAUGCAGUAACUGGUGUUCCAUGUAAUCACUUCUGGAAGGAACUGCAUGAAGCCUUCCCUGAAGCAAAGAUCAUAUUUACACCAAGAGACGAGGAAAGAUGGUUGAAAAGUAUUCAAAGACAGUUCAAAGAAUUUGAUAACGACAUCCGUUACAACCUAAUGCAGUUUACUACGUAUUCGGGGUGGAGAUAUUUUUGCUUAUCGAACAAAUUUCUAAACAUAUCCCUUGGAACUUGGAGGAAUUGGCCGUGGUCAAAAUUUGUAAUGAGUCGAACGAUUCUGCGAAGACUUUUUAGAUCACAUACUCAAGACGUCAUGCAGAAUGCCCCAAAAGAAAAUCUUUUGGUUUUUCGCUUAAGUGACGGUUGGGGUCCACUUUGCGACUUCUUGGGUGAAAAUAUUCCCGACACGCCUUUUCCCCACAUGAACAAAGACGGCAGUUACCUUCAUGAUGCCAGAGACAGACACCCAGUUAUGCAACGAAUGGCGAAAGAAAUGAAAAUUACAUUGACUUUGUUUAUAGCGUUUGUUGUGCUUGUAGUUUUUACUUUAAUAUUAAAUUGAGGUUAAUCAGUGUUAUAGCGUUUUACAUCUUGUAUCAUAUUAAAUUAAACCGCUUUUGCGGGUUGUUUAAAACUUAA